UCCGAUUGCUCUUUAUAUUGCAAAAUAACUUCUACGGAGGGAAGAAAAAAAGUGCACGACUCUUUAACACCGGCAGAGAGCACUCCGUUCCUCAUAUAUUGGUUUUUUUCCCAGAGGCGGCGAACUGUUUCCUCAGCACCGAAACAUAGUAAAUUGUCUGUCUCAAGGACGCCAGCAAAUCUCCGGUGUUGGUCGUGACAAAAACCGUUGGAGCUCACUUUCUUCACUGCUUCAAGACAACAUUUGAAACAUAAAGGCUCAUUUUGUGACCCCAUAUUUGGAUUUUAAGAGGACAUAAAGUGCAUGUACAGUACAAUACAUAUUGACAUGGAAUUAUGGAUAAAGUUCAUGCUGUUGUACAGUUGCUGUAUCGGAUCAAGUGCGGACUUUGACGGCGGGUGGCCCAGGCAGAUGGCCUCCUCCAAUGGACUGUGUCGCUAUGGAUCCAGGAUCGACUGCUGCUGGGGUUGGGCCCGGCGCUCCUGGGGCCACUGUGAGCCGUUCUUCAUCUUAAGGCACAGGGUAGUCGGGAUAAGGUGCCUGCCCCAAGCCCUUUGCCAGCAUGGCUGUAAACACGGGGAGUGUGUCGGACCGAACAAAUGCAAGUGCUACCCAGGGUUCACCGGGAAGACCUGCAAUAAAGAUCUGAAUGAGUGUGGAGUGAAGCCACGGCCCUGCAAGCACAGGUGCAUGAACACCUACGGCAGCUACAAGUGCUACUGCCUGAACGGCUACAUGCUAAUGCCCGACGGAACGUGUGGAAACGCCCGGACCUGCGCCAUGGCAAACUGCCAGUACGGGUGUGAGGUGAUGAAGGGGGAGGUACGCUGCCAGUGCCCGUCGCCAGGGUUACAGCUGGGGCCUGACAGCAGGACCUGUGUGGACGUGGACGAGUGCGCAACCGGCAAAGCCGUGUGUCCAAGGUUCCGAAAGUGCGUCAACACCUUCGGAAGCUACAUCUGCAAGUGCCACGAGGGAUUCGAGCUGCAGUACAUCAAUGGAAAAUACCAGUGCAUCGAUGUGAAUGAGUGCGUCUCCGCCCAGCACCGCUGUGGAAGCUUCUCCAUGUGCUACAACACGCCAGGCUCCUACAAGUGCAAGUGCAAGGCGGGCUUCCGUGGAACAGGCUUCGACUGUAAAGCCAUUCCCAAAGUGAUUAUUGAACCCCCCAGGCCAGGAAAAACUCCCACAAUCAACAUCUCCCAUGGUAACAGAGUCCCUGAUUAUGAUCCAAGAACCACCACCGUUUCCACUACAACUACCACAGUGAGAACAUCGACAGUAGCCAGGAGGACCCGACCUACGACAACAAUGACUGCGCCCCCCAAGAGGGUAACCCCUGCCCCCACCCAGAGACCACGCAUAACCGCACACAGGGCACCCGUCCCCCCCACGCGUGAGCCAACCGCCACCACGCCCGUACAAGAGGCUCCACUGACCACCACCCGUCAGCCUCCGCUCCCGGAAGUCACCACCACGGACGACAGCAUCCACAACGAGAUCACCCAGAAACCGCGAGGCGACGUGCAUAUUCCUCGAAUUCGUGGGCACGACAAUGUUUUGGAUAUAGAUUUUGAUAUUGAAUUGGGAAACAUUGCGAAAGACGACUCAGAUGCCAGUUUUCUAAGCUGCACUUUUGAUAACGGUAUGUGUGGAUGGAUCAGAGACAGGGGAGGUGACUUGCACUGGGAAACAACACCAAAUCCUGCAGGUGGGAAAUACCUGACGAUCCCUGAGGUGGGGGAGAAGAGGAGCGGGAGGGGAGCUCGCCUGGUCCUGCCCCUGAGCAAGGCCUGGAGUUCAGGCAACCUCUGCCUCUCCUUCCGGCACAAGCUGUCGGGCCACCACGUGGGCACCCUGCAGGUGUUCGUCCAGAAGGGGGCCCAGAACAGCCCGGCCGUGUGGGGCAGGACGGGGGGCCAUGGCUGGAGACAUACCCAGAUCACACUGUGGGACACAGGCCUGGAAAGCGUGAUCUUGAAGGGCGAGCGCAGGAGAGGACGGAUCGGAGAAAUGGCAAUGGACGACCUCAGUCUGAUGAAAGGCUCCUGCUCCGAGGACCACAAUCUGAGGAGACUUUAACAGAAUGCCUGGAAACAUUCAAACAGUUGGAUAAACACCCUCUCCUCUCCAGAAAAAAAAAGGCUGUGAAGGAAUUCUUAAGAAGAACAUGACUUUGAACCCAGAGGAGGUGUUCCCGCAGCCUCUCCCCCCUUUGGUUCUUCUCAUCUGUGUCCUGCGCAUGCCCUCGCCAUACAGAGGCUGCAUUCCUCAAGUCAAACACAACGUCCAUUCACUCACACCACCAGGAAGCCUCUUCAGGCACAUGGAACUGGGAUGUGCCAGAGACUUAACGCUGAAUUUAAUUCGCUGGCACAUGGUGUCUGUGCUUUUUCGCUCUGCAAAAAAUCUUGUGAAAUCAGUUACAGUAACCAGAUGAAGAUUUUACUUUGUUUUUUUUUUUAAUAUUUCAAAAGUCAGUGUUCUAGAACUCCAUUGCGUUCCGUUACCAGUAGUGAUUCUUACAUCAGCAUUAGAAUGUUCAGUUCAGAACAUCCUACUCACAUAUUUACUUCAUUUUAAGAGUUGUUUUGUGGAACUAUACUCAAAAGACAUAGGCAAAAUAAAUUGACGGAUAUAGAUGUUCUACAAUAGGCAUCAAGUAAUGAGAUACAAUAAAUUCCAUCUCAGCCAUAAAUUAUUAUUGAUUAACACAGCCAAAUUAAUUAUCCUUUUAUAAAAGAUUAUUUAUUUAUUUUGUACUAUUUAGGAUGCAGUUCUAGACCCAGUUUGUUUUGUAUUUAAAUGUAUAUUUAUUUGAAAGUAAACAAAAUAAUGUUAUCUGUAAGCCUUGAUCUUUCACUUGAGUUUGCCUGUUAAACAAACCCAUGGCUAAUUUUAUCAGAGGAGAAACAGUAUGAUGGACACAUAUAAACUAGGACUUCGUUCACUUCCCCAUUUUCUAUAGGUAUAAUGUCAUAGGUAUAGGUAUAAUGAGUUAUAAUAUUCUAUGUGUUGCAUCUAAAUACCAAUACAUCUUCUGAAACUCUCUUAGUUUUCAUACAGUAUGUGUUUAUCAGCAGGCACUGUUUGUUCUCAUUCUUUGAAUAAAUACAUGAAUACAAUCUCCUAUUUGCUGUAAAGGUGAGACACCACAUGAGCUACGAUUGGCUGCCAUUAUUUGCUUUCCUCCUCGAUCCGUCAUCUAUGUCUUUUUAUUAAUUUACUCUUCAAUCAACAUCUAAUUCAGACGGAAAAAAUACUGAAUGAUUAUUGCUAUUUUGGAGUAACCAAUGUGCUAUGUGCUGUAGUCUUAAUGGUGCUGUUUAUGAUGAUGAUGACGAUGAGUUAUUUUCAUUAUGUAUACCAUAAAAGUGUAUUAUUGGAAACCAUAUGUGUACAUACUGUAUUCUAACACUGCUCUUGUGAUAUAAAGUAAAAUGUGUGGUACAUGGUAGUAAUGUGUGCAAUUCUGAUGAGAAACCGUUGGUUUUCAUUGUUUAAGACUGUCAUGGAGUUGGCUGAAACCAUGUAGACAUCUAUUCUUAAUUCUUAUUUUCUUGAGCAGAAAUUAUUUGUAUUUUAGCAUUUAGCAGUAUAUGUGACCAUGUUAAUAGAGUUUAACCAAGGGAAAUAGAAUAGGCCAGUGCAUAUGACUACACUUUCCCCUGCCGUGCAAUCUUUUCAUUUAGAGCCGUAAUUAACAAUCAGCACUGUCAAUUAUGCCUGACCCGAAAAUAUGAAAAUGGCAGGGUUAGAUGAAAUGCAAACCAGUUUUAUUUUUCAAUUUAUUACUAAAUUACAAUAAUUAAUAUGGCUUAACCUUGAGGUCUUCAAUUGAACUAUAAUCAUACUAAUAAUGUCUGUUUGUGAAUUCACGAUUGGCUGCAUCAGCCAUCUUCUGUCUACAGAUCUACAGUAUGCCUCUACAGUAAACGUCCAUGCCUUGUCCCUUACGGAAAGGAGCAGAACAGUGAGUUGUGUACAGUCAUUAUAUUGAUCAUUAUUUCUUUUUUUAAGAAUUGUAAAUUGAAGAAGUGUGAUUAUCCUGCUGUGUUCAGUCAGUGAAUAAAUCCAGCAGGAACAAGGCUGUA